AAAAACCACACGUGUAAACUACUCUAUAUAAAUGUGCAAUCUGAAUCGCGAGGUAUCCAGAAAAAUACCUUUUUUAAAACGUCUGUUGUUCUCCGCUCCGCCAGCGAGGGCGCUCAGGCAGCGCGCACAACUGAACGGGCCAAUCAAGAGCGCCCAGCUGGAGUGACGCCACUUCCGUGACAAUAGGGUCAGCGUGACAGAUUUAUCAACAAUAACAAGAGCGACGCGGAACAGUUUUGCGAUCAAAGUGCGAGUCUUCAAAUGACACGACGUGGAUAAACUGACGGUUAGGAGUUGUUUUGAAAUACAGCGUCCUGUCCCGCGUCUCACCGAGGAGCUGCUCGCUCAAUAGCGCUGUUAUCUCUGAGAAGUGCCGUGAGGACGCUGAGCAGAGCCCAGUCUCUUUGCUCGUUUGCAGCCACAUUUUACAUUUGAGCCCUGAAACUCAAAGGACAAAAAACUUCUGUAAUAAAAGUAAACGUUAUUUUAUGGCACAGCUGUGACUUUGAACCUGUGAGGACAAAUUGCACAGCAGUUGCAUAAGGUGCACGGUGUUGGCUUGUGCAAUGGGAGCUUCUGAGACAGAAGGGCGCACUUUUAUGCAGGCGAUCAGUGAGAAGUACAGCCCGGAAAACUUCCCUUGCCGUCGGGGUCCAGGCAUGGGUGUCGUGGUUGUGCCGUCUGGACAUCAGGGAUCACCUAUGAAAGACCGUCUGAACCUGCCCAGUGUUCUGGUUUUGAAUGGCUGUGGAAUCAGUCAUGCAGGAGAAGAGGGAGAAAUCGUCGCUGCCUUCUGUGCUCAUGUAGUUGAACUUGAUCUGUCCCAUAACAAGCUCCAUGACUGGCAUGAGAUCAGCAAGAUUGUCUCUAACAUCCCAAACCUGGAGUUCCUGAACCUCAGCUCUAAUCAGCUGAGUGAUGCAGUCCUGGAGCCGGACUGCGCAAAGGCCUUUUCUAGCAUCCACCGCCUCGUUCUUAACAAUACCCAGGUGUCCUGGGACACAGUGCACACAUUCACACAAGAGAUGCCUGAACUAGAGGAGCUGUUCCUGUGCCUUAAUGAGUACACCACUGUGACACCGGCAGCCAUGCCCUGCCCCACACUGCGUCUGCUUCACAUCACAGAUAACAGCCUCCAAGAGUGGAGUGAAGUACGGAAAUUCGGCUCCAUGUUCCCUGCACUGGACACUCUGGUCAUGGCCAACAACAACCUGAGCGCCAUUCAAGACUCGGGAGAAAUCCUUCAGCGGCUCUUCCCUAACCUUCGAAGCAUCAAUCUGCACAACUCAGGACUUAAUCGAUGGGAGGACAUUGAGAAGCUAAACUUUCUGCCCAAACUGGAAGAAGUGAGGUUGCAAGGCAUUCCUCUACUGCAGGCUUACACGAGCGCGGAGCGUCGCAGUCUAAUGAUAGCCCAACUGCCAUCAGUGAACUCCCUGAAUGGGAGUGUCGUGACAGAUGGCGAGAGAGAAGACGCUGAGAGAUUCUUCAUCCGUUAUCACUUGGAUCAUUCAGAGGAAGAGCUGCCCCACAGUAUUUGCAUUUCGCUUUGGAGAUAUCACUGCUUGGUGACCAAAUAUGGGAAACUGGCUCCUCUGGCUGAGAUCGACCUGAGACCACGUUGCCACGCCAAAGUGGAGGUGCGCUAUGAAGACAAAGUGGAGCAGGUGAGCAUCCGCUUGGACCAGACGGUCGCAGAGCUGAAGAAGCAGCUGAGGACUGUUUUGCAGCUCCCCACCAGCAACAUGCGCCUUUACUACAUCGACAAGGGUACUGCCUUUGGCCCCGAUGAGUUGAAGUACAGCACACGGGCGUUGCACUCUUACCUCAUUCAAGAUGGGGAUGAGAUCCUGGUUGUUCCCAAAACAAAAUAACCGUCUUUCUCCAAGAUCACAAAAAAGCUAUAUUUAAAUAACCAAAUCUGCUUUGAACUAGCGCCAUCUAAGCUCCACAGAGUGAAUGGGACUGUCUUUCAGGGAAAAACUUCUAGGAUUUGCUGGGGCUUUAGUUCGGCACAUAGUGUGUCAUGUCACUACACGGUCACAAGAAACACCAUGACUCGUGUGCACCUUUGGUUUUGUUGCUGUUAUUAAAGGUUUCCUUUUUGUCUUCAGACUUCACAAGCACCCCUGUAUUUCAAACGCCUGUUUCUUCAAGAGUAAAGCACAGAGGAGGGCUCUGGCAGCCCAGGAUGUGCUUUUUACAGAUUUUAAGACAAUCACCCAUAGCUGAAAGAAAAUGUUGCACUGCACUUAUGUCUUAAAGAAUAAAUCAUGGAUAUCCAUUGCCUGCUGAUGUGUGUCGUAUGCUGUCAGCCGUUAAUUACAUGCAAAAGACUCUCAGGCCUUAUAUAUUGUAUGGGCAGUGCUAGAUUCACAUGAGGAAAGAUUUGCGAAACAUCUUAUUCACAAAUGUUUUUAAAUGUCCAGUUCAAUUUUAUAAUCUGAUUGAAGAAUCCAGAAGGGAAUUGCGGAGUUGCAUGCAUUUGCUAUUUAAUGUGGUAUUUUCUUUUUUUUUUUUUGAUCCUUUUGAAUAUUUCUAUUAGUACUUUCUCUGCCGCUUUGGAAGUGGGUGCUCAAACUUGUACCUCCAAUACAAAGCAUAUGCUGAGAAAAGUGCUUAUCCUCAUUUCACUUGUAUCCAUAUUAUGGAGUGUGUUUAUUUUUAUAUUUUACUCGCAGAAUAAUGAGAUCUGUUAAGUGACAAAACAUCAGUCCACCAAAGAUUGAUUACAUACAUGUAUUAUAUAUAUAUAUAUAUAUAUAUAUAUAUAUAUAUAUGAUUAUUCACAGUAUUUACUUUUGAUUUACUGAUUGGUGUUAUUUGUUAAAAACAAAACAAAUCAAUAGCAAACCAAUCAAUGUAUAUGACUAUCCGGCUAGCAAAACAUAAGCGGAAAAUUUGGCUCCUAUGUUAAUUUAAAAGAAUACUUGAAAAUUGAAAAUUGAAAAUUGACUCACCCUCAGGCCAUCCAAGAUAUAGAUGAGUUUGUUUGUUCAUUGGAACAGAUUUAGCAUUGCAUCACUUGCUCAUCAACGGAUCCUUUGCAGUGAAUGGGUGCCGUCAAAAUGAGAGUCCAAACAGCUGAUAAAAACAUCACAAUAAUCCACAUGACUCCAGUCCAUUAAUGAAUGUCUUGUGAAGUGAAAAGCUGCAUGUUUUAAGAAACAAAUUCAUCAAGGCCAAAUUGCUUUCUCCAUUGAAAAUUCCUCUCAUCUGUAUCAAGAGGGAUGUGCAUAUUUCUUUCCCGAUUCAGACGAGAUGACUUUUUCAAGCACCAUUUUAUGUCAAAACAGUUCUAAACCUAAUCCGUGGAUUUAAUGUGAGAGGACAACAGGGGAUGGACGACUUGAGUCAUGUGGAUUAUUGUGAUGUUUUUAUCAGCUGUUUGAACUCUCAUUCUGACGGCACCCAUUCACUACAGAGGAUCCAUUGGUGAGCUAGUGAUGUAAUAUUUAAUUUCUCUAAAUCUGUUCAUUUAUAAUUUACUCAUGUUGAUCCAAACCUGUAUGACUUUAUUUAUUCUAGGGGGCAUAAAAGAAAAUGCUUUGAGAGUAAUUUUUUCCAUACCAAAAUGGAAGUCGGUGGUAACAAAAACUGUUUGGUUACCAACAUUCUUCAGAACAUCUUUUGUGUUCCACAGAAGAAAGAAAAUCAUACAGAUUUACAUUUGUACAUUUGGAAUGUAAGUAAUUGAUGAAAACUUAUUAAUUUUUUGUCCUUUUAAAGAUACUGCAGCUUGGCUAAAAUGUGUGCUGAAAUGUGCAAUGCAAGACUGUUUCCAAGUUCAUUCAGGAGUUACAGAAUAAAACCAGCAAAUGAUUUAUUUAUACCUGGUACAUCAAUCAAAUCAGUGCAUGAACCUCAUUUGCUUGUCAUACUUGAUUCAACAAGAAAAAAAAAAACAUGUUUAGCGGCUGAAACUGGUGAAAACCUAGUUUGUUGUAUUUUUUUAUUUCACAUAUAUAACAUGAUAGCAUGACUUGAAGGAUGGACUGAAUGGAAAAGCACUGAGAUCCUUUCGGCUUUACUGUCAGUGUGCCAUGUUACGCUGACAUUCGCAAAUGCUUAGGUUUGUAGUAGAUUAGCUUUUCUCUUAUGUACUGAUAUAUAAAAGUGUAUGAAAAGACGUGAAAAUAUUGAAGGCUAUAAGCAUUUCUCAUUAAACAUUUCAGGUUUCUCUUUGGUAAGAUGUGAUAUUGAAUUAAGUUGUAAUUCAGAAUUUGGAAUCAGUUAUUUGAUCAUUUUAUAACCAAAAAGUGAAAUGAGUAGUUAGUCAGACAUUUAAUAGUGACUUAUAUGAGUAUAGCUUAAACUGGUACUUCAAAUGUUAAAAUCACCUCGCAUAGCAUAUUUAAGGGUUGUUGUUUGGUCGGAGGAAGAAAGUUGAUAAAGAUUUCGUAUGAAGGUUUUAGCAUCCUUUAACACUCUUUCUGCCUUUAUCUGCAACCCCUAAUCAAACAUUAAAGCGGAAUGAAGUAGGCUACUGUUUUUUUUGUUUUUUUUUUCUCAGGAGAAUUCCCUUUUUAGAGUAUCAAUAUUUGAUGGUCUGUGCCUACACAGGACAUGCUAUUGAUAUUAGGGUUUCACUUUUGCAUAAUUAUUUUAUGUUUUUUUUUAUAUAUAUAUAUAUGUAUGCAUUAUUGAUAUUCCAAUUUUACGACCUUGAAGGUAAUGCCACUUAAGCUGUGACUAGCGCAUAUUAAGUGUGAAGAUGAAAGUUAAAUUUACCACUGUACCACUAAAGACAAUGCUUACCAAGUGAAAUUGAUUUAGCGGACAUUUUUCAAUCAUUGUGACUCACAGUACAUUAUUGAUUUUAUAUCCAGAUUGUGCAUUUUACAUGUAUUUAGCUGUUUUUGUUAGGAUAUUAUGUGUUGAAUUGCUUCUUGGUUUGCAUUAUCUGUUGUACAUUUGCAGUUCUUAAUCUUCGGUUAAAGUUAAUUUGUAAAGGGUGUGUAAAAGGCUGGUAAGCAUCAAAAGAAUGAGAAUUCCAGAGAGUCUGUUUAUUUAAUGGAUGCAUUAGGCCUGUUAUUGUAAUGAACACUUACAUACUGCACACAGUCAUACCAUUAACGUGUUAUGAUUUUAAAAUCAAAUUUGACUGUUUUAUUGCAUUGAUUUGCCAGCAUAUGUGCACAAAAAUGUAUCUAUGUUUGAAAGUUGGUUCAAAGGCUAAGGAAAAAUAAACUUGUCUUUUACUGACUGUCA